AUGAUCACAGAAAGGAAUCGUGCCUCUUUUGACACGAAGGGAUUGGCUGAGUACCUGAAUGGCGGAAAAGAGAAGCUUCAAAGAUUAGGAGAGCUUGCUGACUUGCUUCAUCAGCAAGACUGGGGUAACAAGUCUCAGCGGUACUACCAGAACAGGCAGGACACUUAUGAAAGUGCUCUGAAGGCAGCGCUGGGUAUCUGGAAGAAAGUCAUUACCAUGGAAGAUGCCAUGGAGGCAAGGAAACUUGUGGAUUUUCCAGGAGGCUUGGAGCUGCACAUUGGGAUGUUCAUUCCGACGCUGCUGUCACAAGCCAGCCCCGACCAGCAAGCAGAGUGGCUGCCAAAGGCACUUGGCCUGAAGCUGAUUGGGACAUAUGCCCAGACAGAGCUGGGGCAUGGCACCUUUGUGCGCGGCUUACAGACCAAUGCAACGUAUGACCCGCAGUCACAGGAAUUUGUCAUCCACACACCCACGCUCACAGCCACCAAGUGGUGGCCAGGGGGCCUGGGCAAGACAUCAACACAUGUGGUUGCAAUGGCGCGGCUGUUCAUCAAGGGCAAAGACUACGGGCCACAUUCUUUUGUGGUGCCCAUCCGAGACAUGGCCACUCACCUUCCUCUGCCAGGCAUCAAAGUGGGCGACAUUGGCCCCAAGUUUGGCUACAAUGGCGUGGACAACGGAUACCUAAGCUUCAACCAUGUCCGCGUCCCCCUAGAUAACAUGCUGAUGCGCUUCUCAAAGGUGACUCCAGAGGGAAAGUAUGUUCCGCCGCCGCCGUCAAACCAGAAAGCCUCAUAUGCAACGAUGGUGUACGUGCGUGCCACCAUCGUGGAGGGGGCUGGAUGGGCACUGGCACGCUCUGUCACCAUUGCGGUGCGCUACGCUGCUGUGCGGCGGCAGACUGCUGCGCAUGCUGGGGAGCUGGAGGUGCAGGUGCUGGACUACCAGAACACUGCUGCUGACCUGCUGCCCCUGCUCGCAUCCUCCUACGCCCUCAUCUUCAUGGGCAAGGCUGGCAUGGCCAUGUACUCAGAGUUUGAGGCAGACAGGGACCGUGGCAAUUUUGACAAACUUCCUGAGCUGCAUGCGGUCCUCUCUGGCAUGAAGGCUGUGAGCACCACAAUUGCGAGUGACGGCAUGGAGGCUGCCAGGAGGGCAUGCGGCGGCCACGGCUACAGCUUGCUGUCUGGGCUGCCCACCACCUUCACCCACUACGUGCAGAACGUCACAUGGGAAGGCGACAACAAUGUCAUGCUACUGCAGACGGCGCGGUACCUGGUGAAGCAGCUGCUGGCGGCAAGGGCAGGCAAGGCGGGCGGGGUGGGCAGCGCGGAUUACACCAAUAAUGCAGAGGCCGAGCUGCGCCAGCGAUGCCCUGUCGCCAGCUCCCGCGACUGGCUGGACCCCGCAGUCCAGUCCGCCGCCUUCAGGCACCGCUCUGCGCGCCUGUGUGUGGCGGCCACAGAUCUGCUCGCGUCUGCCAGCGGUGGGCAGGUUGCAUUUGAGGGGCAGGCUUGGAACGGCAACACAGUUGACCUGAUCAGGCUCUCGCGCGCACACUGCUUCUUCGUCCUGCACAGCACCUUUGCCGACAGCGUCCAGCGCCUCAGUGACGAGGGGACGCUGCCUGCGCCGACAAUUGCGGCGCUGUCCAAGCUGGUGAGCCUGUUUGCGCUGAGCACGCUGAGCCGCGAGGCCGGCGACUUCCUGGAGGAUGGCUACAUGACCGGCCAGCAGGUGGAGUGGGCGCGGCGGCAGUACUAUGGCGUGCUGCGUGCGCUGCGGCCGGACGCGGUGGGGCUGGCGGAUGCGUUUGGGCUGAGCGACUACUUGCUCAACAGCGCGCUGGGCCGCGCCGACGGGGACGUGUACCGCGCGCUGCUGGCGGCCGCGCAGGCGUCGCCGCUGAACGAGACUGAGGAGGGCCCCGCCUGGCACAGCGUCCUCAAGCCCCGCCUGACCCCCCGCGCGCGCCUCUAG